AUGUAUGAUGAUUUACAAAAUGCCACUGUUAGUAGUUUGAUGAACCAGGAAGAGGAUGAUUGGGAUGGUGAGAUUUUGAGAAACUUAUUUUCUGAGAGAGAGAGACAAUUAGUUAUGCAAGUCUCUAUCUCGUUUUCAAAAGGGAUGGAUGCUCUUUAUUGGGACGGGGAGGGUAAUGGGUGCUAUUCAGUUAAGAGUGCAUAUAGGUUGUUGAGUGGGAAGAUGUUGGGAGAAUAUGAUAAUAGGUGGGCUGUUGUGUGGAACCUUACUGUUCCACCAAAGUUUUCUGCUCAUAUUUUCCUUAAAUGUGAGUUUACUAAGUGGGUGUGGGGUGCGUAUGGCUGGUGUUGGGAUUCGGGUGGGGUGGAUGGUUUUGGGGGUUGGUUAAAUGAGUGUGUUCAGAAGCUAAGUGUGAGGGAGUUGUGUCAUUUUGUGGUUAUUUGCUGGGGUGUAUGGGAGGCUAGAAACAAGAAGGUUUGGGAAGGGGUGCUAAGUAAUCCUAGACAUGUGGCGCGUUCGUCCCUUGCUUACCUCCGUGACUGGGUAGCAACUAGGUGUCCGAGUUUCGGGGAGCACUGGAGAGAAAACGAAAUGGUGGAACAGUGGCAUGCCUCGAAGCCUAGUAUGCUAAAAAUGAAUGUAGACGUGGCUGUGUAUGUGGAUUCGAACAAGAUGGGGAUGGGCUGGGUUUUACGGGAUGAGGGAGGCAGGUUGGUGGGGGGAGAGAGGGAGCGUGUUCCCCGCGGGAGACUGAUGCUUUGGCUGUUUGAGAAGCGCUGA